GCAAUUCUGUAAAUAUUUUGUUGUCCUAUAGCCGCUAUCAUUUAUCACCUCUAAUCGUUUUCCCCUGAUUUGGACGCAUCAAAUUGGUUGAGAGUUUUGUUGCGUGGCUAUGGGAUUUUUAUGAUUGGAGAAGAAAGGGAAAAAGAGUUCCGGUAAAGCUCGAUAAUAAAGGAGGAAAAUAUGUCCCCUUGACGUCGAAUCUAGCAUUUGUCAAUGGGCGAGAAAGCGAAAGAACGAGCGAAAGAGAAGACAAGAGAGUGUAAUAAGCUCUCAUCUUUAUCCACACGCUUCGUGUUUGGCUCGAUCGGAGUGUUCUGGGUUUUCAGCAAGAUUGGUUCUUUUUUCUGUGUUUAAGGUUUUUGAGUUUUGGGUUGAAAAAGAAAAUGCGUAUGAAUCAGCGGGAAGGUUUGGGGCAGGUUUUGGAUCUGAAAGAUGGGAAGAAGGUUAGUAUGGGGAAAAUGAUUGAAGAGCUUGAUUCAAUUGAGGUUCCUUGGGUGUUUAUUUGCCCAAUUUCUCUAGAGCCAAUGCAAGAUCCUGUGACUCUUUGUACAGGGCAGACAUAUGAGAGGUCCAACAUCCUAAAAUGGCUGUCUUUGGGGCAUUUCACUUGCCCCACCACAAUGCAAGAGCUUUGGGAUGAUUCAAUCACCCCAAAUAGGACCCUUCACCAUCUCAUCCUCACCUGGUUUUCCCACAAGUAUAUGGCUCUCAAGAAGAGGUCUGAGGAUGUGGAGGGGAGAGUCUUGGAGAUUCUUGAGAGAUUGAAGAAGGUUAAGGGUCAGAUUAGGGUUCAGGCCUUGAAGGAGUUGAGGCAGGUUGUGAAUGCCCAUGAUUCUGCCAAGAAAGCAGUGGUGAAAAAUGAUGGGGUUAAACUGAUUUCUUCAUUGUUGGGUGCUUUUACUAUGCACACUGUUGCUUCUGAGGCAAUUGGGAUUUUGGUUCACUUGGAUCUGAGUUCUGAUGCCAAGGCCAAUCUAGCACAGCCAAGCAAGGUUUCUUUAGUGGUGGAUACAUUGAAUGAGGGAUCCUUAUGUACAAAGAUCAACUGUAUGAAACUCCUUGAAAUGUUGAUGGAAGGGAAGGAGUCUGACUCGAGAAUCGUAUCAAGUUUGAGUCUUUUUGUAGGAUUGUUAAGAUUAGUGAAGGAUAAGAACCACCCCGAAGCAGUCUUGAGCAGCCUUCGGCUGCUCAAGACAAUCACCUCCCAUGAAUCUGUUAGGACCUCAAUUGUGUGUGUUGGGAGCAUCCCUCAAUUGGUGGAUGCCUUGCCCAAUCUAAAUGCAGAAUGCCUGGAAUCAGCACUUGUGAUUCUCGACGUUUUGUCCACCCUCCCCGAGGGCUCAUUGGCCUUGAAGGAUUGCCCUAGGACAAUCCCAAACAUGGUGAAACUGCUGAUGAAAGUUUCCGAGAAGUGCACUCAGCUAGCAUUGUCGAUUUUGUGGGCUGUCUGCAAGCUCGCCCCUGAAAGAUGUGCCUCGGUUGCUGUUGAGGCCGGGCUAGCUGCACAGCUCCUCCUCGUAAUUCAGAGUGGCUGCAAUCCUGCAUUGAAACAGCGGUCUGCAGAGCUCUUAAAGCUCUGCAGUCUAAAUUACACCGCUACCAUUUUCAUUUCAAAGUGUAAACUCACAAAAACAAUACAAUGAUUGCUACAAAAACUUCCCCUUUCCAGAUUCCAACCCGGGGACUAAGAUGCUCAGCUCAAGAGAAAGCGGUCUUGAGCACUGAGGCAGUGAGGCACCAUUCUUGUAUAUACAUAUAUAUAUUUAAUCGCUUUAGCGUGCAGCCAUGGAUGGUAAGGUUUCAUAACUUUCCUCGUGAAUAGAUGAACUGCUUAUUAUUACCAUUAGUCCUGCUGAAGAUUUCCAACAGAACCCUAGCUAUGGAGUUGCAAUAUCUCCACAUAGUUCAUAUUUUGUGUUUGUUCCUUUAGGAGCUUCAACACCUGCUGCUGUUCGCGUAGAAGCAUAUUUCUCAAUGGAGAAUUUUUUGUCAUUGUAAAGAUUGCUACUUGUAAAUCUUCUGCUGCUUCUAGACAUAUAUAUAAAAUGCAAACAUAUAUAAGUGAUUCUUUAUUUCCCUGCUUGAA